CGCCACUGUCGCUGAAGAAGCCAAGUUAUUAAACUGGGGGCUUGGCUGCUGUCAAUCCACUUUUUUCUUUUUGAUCCUGCUGCGCAGACUUUGAACUCUUUCAUCUGGGUUGGACCCUGAUUUGUAUCCCUCACAAUACUACAUGUUUGACAUUUUUCUCGUGCUGUGACCUUGAUCUUGUCUCUCGUUACGCUUAGUAUCAUCCUCCGGAGUGAUCUCUCGCUAUCUCACUCUAAGCCAUUAAAUCCACCGCCUUCAUCACCACAAAUAUGCCGUCGCUUAUCCUCCGUGCCCUCGCGACCGCCUCAUUUCUCUUCACAACGACAACAACUGCCUUCCCCCUCUUCCCCCGAGACAUCCAAUGGUCCUUCGACCUCUACCCAACGACAGCCUGCAACGGCACGGGUGAACUCCAUGCUGGCAGCGGAAGCACCGGCUGCCGUGCCGACUUGAACGGAGUCGCCUCGGCCUAUACGCUGAACACGAUCGCGGACGGGUGCCGGAUCGAGUUCUUUGAUAACACGAUGUGCGACGGGAAUGAUAUUUCGGAUGUUGCCGGACCGAUGACGAGUACGCAGACGUGUCGGGUGCCUAAUUUGAAGCGUCGGUAUGCUUCGUACCAGGUUUCUUGUGUGAAGGUUGAGAUUUAAAUUUGAUGUGGGUUAUGCAUCUGGAUUGGGAUACUAUCGUGGGUUUGGGAUUUGAAGUCUUCGGCCGUUCGGGAGAGGAAACACUUGGGAGGAUACGAUGUAAACGAUUUUUGACGUCCUUGGGCUGGUCCCCGGGAUUACGGUUAGCGAUAGACAUUUUGGUUAUUAGAGACUCGGGCAAGCUGGAUAUUGCGUUGGAUUCAUGAUUUACUGUUACUCUAUGUAUUCAUGAGCCCAUAGAAAAGCGGGGGAUACCUCUCAAGGUGAUACAAACAGAAUCCUUGUAUGAAAAAAG